CUGCCCAGGCACUAACAGCAGCCUUUAACACAGCCCAGUCCGCUUUCUCUGCAUUAGGCAUCAGAGGCAACACAGGAUACACACUCACACACACAUGCACACAUUCAUAAGCACUUACACACUCAAUCAUAUCGCAAACUGGAGUCAGAGUGAGGAAACAGAAUGUCAGGGAAGGAAGCGCUGAAGCCAGUGGGAAAGCAGAAUUUGUCUCAAGUCUGCUGAGCUCUUGUCUGACCCGCUCCUUUACAGGUCUGAGGGAAAAGUCCAGAUUCAUAACAGGCACAUAUCUCAUGAUAUAUCUGGGAAUCAGACAGAACACAAGAGGAGAAUAUUUUAGGUUUUGUGAAGUAAUAGAGAGCCAACUUACAUUUGGAUACCACCUUCAAGCUCUGGAUUUUCAAACAGAGAAGACAUACAUCAGGAGGAAAUUCUUGAAAUUCUCUUUGUCUCUGACCGCUCACCACUCUUCACGUCUUUCAGAGUCCCAUCAUCUGCUGCCACCGUCAAACUGCAGGAGGACACAUCAUCGGGUUACUGAGACCAUAAGGAAGAUGAGUCUGUCACGCAACGGGACGCUGGAGAAGACAGUGUCUGAGCAGGCCCACUCUGAGCGGGGCUCCCCCUCCAGAGCGGGGUCAGGGGUCGUGGUGCCUCCUCCAUACUCCCUGGGGUGCAACGAAGCCACUGACCCCCCCCUGGAGUUACGGGGCUCUUUGGACUGCUGGGCAUGCUCUGUGCUGGUCACUGCACAGAAUAUGAUCAUAGCGCUGAUCAACGCCGGGCUGGCCAGCAUUGUGUUCGGCACCAUCCUCACCCCUGCUCUUACAAUGAUUGUAUUCGGCUUCCUCUGCCACUCCACGGUGCAGCCUCAUGGAACAUCUCUGUAUUGCUCAGACCUGCUGGAUGACACCGCCUGCGUGGCUCUGCUGGUCGUGGGCUUUCUGCUGCUCACUCCUCUGCUGGUCCUGGCACUCGCUGCCUACUGCCGACUGGCCCGACACCUCCAGCUGGGCAUGUGUUUCAUUCCCUACAGCCGCGCCGUCUAUAAGAACCUGCCCGCCUCACACCACCGGCGGGACGCAGGGGGCUGCUGUGGUCAACAGGGUGCUUCAGAGAGGGAGGGAAAGGGUAGUGUGUGGGUGUAAGAGAGGAGAGGAGAGGAGAGGAGAGGAGAGGAGAGGAAUAUGGUUGUAAUAUCUCUGUUUAAUGACCAGAAUUGGGUUGUUUGAGUGUGGACCUUUUGUAAAGAAAAUUGAAAUUUUAUUUCUUUAGCUAAAGCCAUUGUAAAAUCGAUCCUAUUUCACCAUUUAUAGUCAUUGUUUAGUAGUCAAUAUUGCUUUUGUAUACAAUUUCAAUGUAUUAAAAGUGUUUUAUACUUUUUUAUAAUUAAAGUAUCGCUUGAUCUUCCCA